GGAUGAGUUAGAAAGCGAGGGGGCGCGCGGCUCCUGAAAUGAAAUGGCAAUUUUAUCAUGCUGCCGAUUCUCUAUCUUUACUUCCCCUAAAUUCAAGUCCCUGCCACUGCCGCUCUCCCUUCAUAACCAUUACCAAAACCCUUCAACACCUAAAUCUAAUACACUUUCCUAUUCCUAUUCCUAUACAUCAUCAUCAUCAUCCAUGGAUUCUCCUCCCCAAGGUUACAGGAGAAACGUUGGUAUCUGUCUCAUCAAUCCUUCCAAAAAGAUUUUUUCAGCUUCAAGGUUGGAUAUACCCAGUGCUUGGCAAAUGCCCCAGGGUGGUGUUGAUGAGGGUGAAGAUCCUAGAAGUGCAGCCAUCAGGGAAUUAAGAGAAGAGACAGGAGUUAGUUCAGCAGAAGUUAUUGCAGAGGUACCUUAUUGGUUGACAUAUGACUUCCCACCUGAAGUCAGGGAAAAGCUUAAACAUCAGUGGGGAUCAGACUGGAAGGGUCAAGCACAGAAGUGGUUUCUUCUUAAAUUCACUGGGAAGGAUGAAGAAAUCAAUCCGUUGGGUGAUGGGACCGAGAAAGCUGAAUUUGGCGAGUGGUCAUGGAUGUCUCCGGAACAAAUAGUUGAGCUUGCAGUGGAUUUUAAGAAGCCUGUUUACAAGGAAGUUAUGACAGUUUUUGCUCCACAUCUUCAGUAAACUUAAGUUAUAGUAUUCACUAUUUGGUUGCUUCGAAAUGGGCAGUCCUUCAAUUAACCGAAUGGGAUGAUUCAAAAUUGGAAAAUAAUUCAAUGAGCCAUGGUUGACUGAGUUAUACAUACCGGAUAUCAGUUGCAGGUCCAAGUCUUUGUAAUGACAACAUGUUUGCUUUAUCAAUCAAAAAAUUUAACCUGAUAAAUUCACUAGGCCUGUUUGUGGCAAUAUCAUCCUGUUUGUGGGGGAUAUCUCUUCAUUCUCGACAGAGUUAAUUGUUUAUUUAAUUAUUUUACCCCAAGCCAAUAAAUGCUCAAGAACCUGCCAAAUCACUGGCCAAUACUUGGGCAAAUCAACGUUCC